CGGAGGAGGGAAACUGCCACGCGCGCGGGUCGGAUUUAAUCAGCCGUUGAGCUGCGGUGGAGUUCGGUAAUUUUGCUGCCACCGAAAAAAAGUCCCCUCAAGUCUUCAAAACUUAAACAUCUCGUCAGAUUCAACGACUCGAAAAAACAAAGCAGUGAGACCGGACUGAGGUUUGGCUCGCUGAGUUAAAGCGGAGAAGUUUAGGUGAGGAUAAGUUUAGCGCCACUGCGGCUGCGGGCGGGUUUCGCUAGGCAGACGGUAGGUUUGGCAUCCCGGAGUUAACGUCAACAGUAGUUUCCGAAGACUCGGCGGGAUCUUUGUGAAAAACGAUUUGCCUCUGCAUGUCCUCUCGCCAGGAUUUGUUCAAGUUUGGUUAUCCUUAGUGGACCAUAGCAUCCUGAACUCAUGCUGCUGUGUUGAGGUGACAAAUCAUGGGUAGCUAGAAUUUAUGAAAGCAAAAAUGUCUUCAAUCCCAGGACUCCCCACACGUGGAUCAUAUGUAACAGUUAUCAUAUCCAGAGUCCACUUGAAUCAUCUUUGUGUGCUUGUGGAAUUCUGGGCAAAAUUUAGCCAGGAGAGGAGUGCAGAGUAUGAAUGCCUAGCCAAAGACAUUCAGUCUCCUGGGGACACAUUUCAAGAACUGGAGGGAAAGCCUGGUCACCAGUGCUUAGUUCAGAUUGAGGGUUUUUGGUAUAGAGCCCGCAUAGUCUCAAGAAAUGGCUCAAAUUACACGGUAUUCCUCGUGGACAAAGGAAUGACAUUCAGCGCCACUACAAAUGAGCUUGCAUGGGGUACAAGAGAAUAUUUCCAGCUACCCCCUGAAGUGGAGUUUUGUGUGCUAGCUAACGUGCUACCACUCUCACCUGAGAACAGAUGGUCUCCAGUGGCUCUUGAAUUUUUGAAAUCCCUUCCUGGGAAGUCUGUGUCAGCUUAUGUACAGGAAGUGCUAGUGGUGAACAGAACAUUUCUCCUGCACAUACCUUGCAUAUCCAAACAAAUGUAUGAGAUGGGAUUUGCCAGGAAACUGUCUCCCAACAUGUUCCAGGACUUUGUACUGCUGUCACUCCAGUCCCAAAGUGGAGCAAAAAUUUCUCCAGAGAACCAACAGCUCUCUGUGGGAACAGUUGAACGCCUGCACAAGCAAGUGCUGUUCAUGUACCCGGAGCUACAGGGAGGAACUGUGGAGACAGUCAUUGUAACAGAAGUGACAAAUCCACAGAGGAUUUUUUGCCAGUUGAAGGUCUUCUCUCAAGAAUUGAAGAAACUGUCAGAUCAACUUACACAGAGCUGUGAAGGGAGAAUGUCCAACUGCAUUGUAGGCCCAGAAAUGAUUGGAUUUCCAUGUGCUGCAAGAAGUAGUGAUGGAAGGUGGUACCGCUCUGUUCUGCAGCAUGUAUUUCCAACCAGUAAUGUGGUGGAAGUCUUGAAUGUUGACUAUGGAACUAAACAGCUUGUUCAAGUGGAGAAUGUAAGACCACUGGCUUCAGAGUUCUUUAGGAUGCCAGUUGUCACUUAUAUCUGCUCCCUCCAUGGAGUCAAUGACAAAGGGGUGGUAUGGACAACCAGCCAGAUUGACUACCUCAAGUCCCUCCUGCUGUACAAGACGGUGAUUGUCAAAUUUGAGUACCAAAGCAUCUCAGAGGGUGUUCACUAUGUCACUUUUUAUGGGGACAACAACACAAACAUUAACAUGCUGUUUGGAUUCCAGGAGAGCUGUUUGCUGGACUGUAAGAAAACACUGGAAGAUUAUGCCAUCCGCAACACUGCACACAGCCAUAAGCAUCCAGCUCAACAAGAAAGAACGAUGCUAUCUUCUGUACAGGCUAUGGAAGAGAAAGAAGAGAAAGCAGUAGCAGAGAGGGUGCCUGCUGAAGUUCUUCCGCUAAACUCCUCACACGUGGCGGCAGUUCAGGACUUAAUAAACCCAUCAGAAUUUUACAUUCAAACACAAAACUACACAAAGCAGUUGAAUGAACUGAUGGAUAAAAUCUACCAUCUGUACAAAGAUUCGCUGAAUAAAGAUGCAGUUAGAAUUCCAACUGCUGGACUCUACUGUGCUGCCAGAGCAGCAGAUGGUGACUUCUACAGAGCAAUUGUGACUGAAGUUGGUGAGACACAUGCCAAGGUGUUCUUUGUGGAUUAUGGAAACACAGAAGUGGUUGAUAGGAGAAAUCUCAGGAUACUUCCUGCUGAGUUCAAAAAGCUGCCACGGCUGGCACUGAAAUGCACUCUCGCUGGUGUUAAACCAAAAGAUGAAAGAUGGAGUCAGAGGGCCUCUGCAUUUUUCAGCAAAGCAGUCACUGAUAAAGAACUAAAUGUACAUGUUCUGGCCAAAUAUGAUAACAGCUAUGCUGUCCAACUGACAGAUCCCAAAGCACAAGAAGAACGAGAUGUUGGUACACUGAUGUGCAAUUCUGGCUUUGCUGAAAGGGCUGACAUGCCAAGACAGCGCAAAGCCACAAUUAAAAUGCAAAGUGACGACAUUCCUCCCACACAUCCAGAUGCCAGUCUUCCAGGUGUGAAUAGGAACACUGGAUUGGAUUUCAGGACCCAAAACACAAUUGGCCUUGGAAGCAAUGAAAGGAGAAUUGCUACCUAUAAGGAGCAUAUGUUUCCUAUUGGAAGUGUCCUUGAUGUCAGUGUGUCCUACAUUGAAAGCCCAAAUGACUUUUGGUGCCAGCUAGUACAUAAUGCAGGACACUUGAAAUUGCUCAUGCAUGACAUACAGGCUCAUUAUGCAGGCAGCGAGUUUCAGCAAAAUGUUGAAACAGUUUGUGUUGCUCGCCACCCUGAUAAUAGGUUGUGGUACAGAGCCCUUGUGAUUCAUAAACAUGAAACCCCUCAUGUGGAUGUGUUGUUUGUUGACUAUGGCCAGACGGAGACAGUCUCCCUCCAUGAUCUGAGGAGAAUCAGGCCAGAAUUCCUCAUUCUGCAUGGUCAAGCUUUCCGAUGCAGUCUGUUGAAUCCCAUUGACCCUACAUCUGCUAUAAAUGAGUGGAGCAAAGAGGCAGUAGCAAGGUUUCACAAUUUUGUCAACUCGGCUGCAUCCAACUUUGUGAUUUUGAAAUGCACCGUAUAUGCUGUCAUGUACAGUGAGCAGAAGAUUGUUUUCAACAUUGUGGAUCUAGAAACUCCAUUUGAGAGUGUCAGCACCAGUAUGGUCAAUCUAAUGGAAAGUGCACCUCCCAAGAAAGCUGCUGGAGCAUCUUUUCGUCUGGAUACAUACUACUACUCAACACACGAUGUCAAAACAGGGACAGAAGAAGUGGUCACAGUGACAUGUGUGAACAGUGUCAAUCAGUUCUACUGCCACCUUGAAAAGAAUGCUGAUGUGAUGAAUGACCUCAAGAUGAAAGUGAGAAAACUUUGUCAUCAGCUUGAGAAUGUGACGCUUCCAGCAGUCUUUGGAACUUUGUGCUUUGCAAGGUAUACUGAUGGGCAGUGGUACAGGGGGCAGAUUAAGGCUACAAAGCCAGUCCUUCUGGUUCACUUUGUGGAUUACGGUGACACUAUUGAAGUAGAUAAAGCUGACUUGCUUCCAGUUCCCAGAGAGGCAAAUGACAUCAUGUCUGUCCCUGUGCAAGCAGUCAUGUGUGGUCUGUCCGAUGUCCCUGCUAAUGUUUCCAGUGAGGUGGACAGCUGGUUUGAGACAACUGCAACAGAAUGUAAAUUCCAAGCACUAGUAGUGGCCAGAGAACCUGAUGGAAAAUUGCUAGUUGAGCUGUAUCAUGGAAACACUCAGAUCAAUUCAAAGCUCAAGAAAAAGUUUCAGAUUAAGAUGCGCACAGAAAGCCAGGUUGUCUACCAGGGUCGGAGAGCUCCCGAGACUUCAGCAGCUCAUUCAGGAAAGAUGGCAAACGCUUACUUAAAGCAGGCCACAAACAUGGAAGAUGACUCACAACUCCAGAAGAAAAACAGUUUCUCUGCCUCAAAACCUCUACAUUUUUUAAGGGAUGGCAGGAAAUCUAAUGAUAUGAACCCGUGGAACAAAGCAACAAAGUCAGUGGGCCGUGUUAAUGAAAAUGGUCAAAAGGUCAAAAGUCCUCCAUUAGAAUUGUAUUCACCUCCGCACCAAAGGCAGUCAUGUGAGAGGAUGCCAGAUGCCAGCUCUGAGCUAGCUGGUGACAAUAUCAAACCUUCUGAUCUCCCUACAGAUGCUAAGCUCAUCAAGCCAACAUUAAAUGGACUAGAAUCCCAAAAGGAAAGUAUUCCUGAAAAGCUUCCUAAACUUUCAGACUUGCCCUCAAAUUCUAUUGCACCUGAUAUGGUAGCAGAUGUCUAUGUCUCACAGUGCAACAGCCCAUUAAGUUUCUAUGUGCAGUGUGUAAGCGAAGAGGAUGAAAUAUUUUCCCUGGUAGAAAAGCUCAAUGACCCCAAAUCAACUCCAGAAGCCAACAGUCUCAAAGAUGUGCAUCCAGGUGACCUUGUUCAAGCAGAGUUUUCAGAUGAUUCCUCAUGGUACCGAGCAGUUGUAAGAGAAAUCCAUGGCAAUAAAAUGGCCCUCAUUGAGUUUGUUGAUUUUGGAAAUACAGCCAUGACUCCACUUUCCAAGAUAGGCAGACUCCACAAGAAUGUUUUGCAACUGCCAGUGUACAGCACACAUUGUAUGCUGAGUGAUGCUGCAAGUCUUGGGAAAGAGGUUGUACUUGAUCCAGAUGUGGUGUCAGCUUUCAAGGAGGACAUUGCUGGCAGUGGAGGAAAACUGCUCAAGUGCCAGUUUGUCAGGCAGAUUGGAUCUGUGUGGGAAGUUAAUCUUGAAUAUAAUGGCGUGAAUAUAACGUGUAAAGUGCCUACUAGAGAUCCUGAAAUCACCUCAGAGAAACCUGAGCAAAUAAAGGAAGAGCCAUCCCUGGUCUUUGACAUCAGAGACGUGCCGGAGAACACACAGAUAUCAGUGCUGAGCCAGUGCUCCUCACAUAAUUUUCAGGAAAACUAUUUUGAGGGACUGAAGUUGGAGGUCUGCAUCACAGUCAUAAAUGACAAUCAGACCUUCUGGUGUCAGUCUGCUAGGUCAGAGGAACUGGAAAAGAUCAAUCUAAGUCUGUCUGAAGUUGGGAAUUUAGCAGAUCACAACUGCAUCGAUCCAGAUGCUCUCUGCCCUGGCAGUCUAUGUAUUGCUCUCUUUUCAGACGAUCAGCUUUGGUAUCGUGCAGAGGUCAUUGACAAAAUUGAGGACAAGCUCUCUGUUUUCUUUGUGGACUACGGAAACAAGUCCCAAGUCAGCAUAGCAGAUGUGAGAGAAAUGCUCCCUUUCUUGUUGGAAAUUCCACCACAGGCGUUUUUGUGUGAGCUUGAAGGCUUUGAUGCUUCGUGUGGUUCCUGGGAAAGUGGAGCAGCAGUCGAACUGUCUACACUUACAGCUGACAAACUGGUACAGGUGACUGUCACUAAACAAACAAGAGCUACAGGAAAAAUCUUUGUUAGGAUGGAAUGUGAAGGUCAGGUGAUAAAUGAGGUGAUGAAAACCUGGUGGAAGUGCUUCCCAGCUGAAGAUAAACCUGAAGCAGAUGAAGGGCCUGAUUCAGAUGAACCACCACUGCAAGUUGACCCAACUGUAAAUGAGUCUGUGGUACUUAAGGAUCAAGUAGAGCAUCCAAAAAUCCAAGAAGUAGCAAGUUCUCAUAUCCACUUUGAGAGAGACAACAGCGAUGAGUUCAGCAAUGAUGAAUUUGUGGAUCUUUGCACAGCAGAUGAGGUACUAAAAUCAUCAAGUAGUCCGAAGAACAGCAAAUCCUCCAAAGAUUCAAUUCAUCCUGACUCUUUUAUCGAGUCCCCAAAAGAAGGUGUUUCCACUGAGAGGAUUAUAGUCCAAGCUUCUGCAAUAUUGAUCAAGGACAAUUUGCCAUGUGAUAGUGGUAUAGAUGAAACUAUAUUAUCUCCACUUGAUAACAUAAGCUGUAACACAAGCGUGGAGGACACUAACAAAAGCACUGAAGAGGAGAGUGCCUCGGUGAUGGUCACUGUUGGGUCCGAUAACUUGUGCUCGCCAGUGGGUGAGAACCUUUUUGUGGCAAUGGAUGACUCGGAGACAACUGCAACAACUGACAAGGAGCCUGUACUUGAAGAGGUGGACACUGCUGCCUACAGCGCUGACAUGAACAUUUCUGAUCCAGUCAAAAAUGGAGAUGACGAAACGGCUUCUGUUAGAAGUGGUACUUCUCUUUACCAUAGGAGAGCAGUGAGCAUGAUUCCAACUGAAUUGGUGCUGCCCUCCCCUCUCCCUCCUGGGGAGCAGUUGUUUGGUCCUUCUGCAGAACUGGAAUGUGAGGCUGAAGAUGGCAUCGCUCAGCAAGAGGUUUUGUGUGCUACCACACAAGCUGAGAGUGACUCGGUGCAUGAGGAGUCGUCCUUGGCUCAUCUCGACAACCCAAAAUCAGCAGACACUGACACAGCUGCCAGUGAGCCCAACACCUGCACAGUUCCCUCUCUGGAGAAGGAUGAUGAAGUUGAAGAGGUGACCUGUUGUAUCGAAGAGACUUGCUCAGCAGAUGUUUGCACAGAGCAAAAAGAACCAAGCAGUGAUGGUGAUGACUGUCUGAGCUGUGUGACAGCAGAGGAAAUGGUCCAGCAUGGAUCAGUUGAAACUCCUUCAGGGAACACAGUGGAAAUUGAUGAUGUUGCCCUACAGCAUUGGGGGCCAUGGACUUCCACUCCUAGCAGAGACGACUUGAUUGAAGAUGAGACCUUGGAUCUUCAUGAAGAUGCACUUUCUGUGUUAGCCUCAGAGCCACAGACAUGCACAGCUCCGUCUCCAGAUUUGAGUAAUCUGGUUGAAGAGGUGACCUGUCUUGUUGGCGAGAUCUGUUUGACAGACGCCUGUCAAGAUCUUAAACAGGAAGCUGAAAUGGUGACAGAAGACUGUGAGUUGCAGGUGCAUGCAUCUCCCCAACAAAAUAAGGAUUUUGAUGACGGUGCGCUGACAGAGGAAAUGUCCUCUGCUGAGGACAGUUUUGCAAUCCAGCUGUCAACCAUAACUCACCUGUCUCUGAUUGUCACUCAUGGUUCUGCUGAUAAUCAGCCUGCCGAGCAGCAGCAGCCAGGAGAGUGACCGGCUCUUCUUUUCUUUUUGUGACCUCAGAUAGAAAGUUAGUUACUGCAUAUUGUUUUGUAUUGUAUUAGACCGGUUCAGUUCUGUUUUCUUUGUGGUGUUCAUUCUUAAGAGUGCUUUUUUUUUUUUUGUGUGUGUGUGUGUGUUAAUUGCCUAGCAGGCCAAUUAGACCCUUUAAUCGGCUAAUUUAAUUGUUCCUUUAAAAAAAAACAGCCAUACAGUUAAGUCAGUCAGAAUGAGUCAAAAUGUUAGCAGUUCUCUCUCAGUAUCCAGUGUUAGUUUUGAUAAAUCUAAAGAAUUGUGUGGCAGUUUUUGAUUCUUUAGUUGAAUAAUAAUCUGAUUUCAGUAACUGUUGUGAAAUACAUUGGAGAAAAAAAGCUGUAUUUGGUGUGGACAGAUGCAUGUGUUAAAGACAAAUUUGUGUUGACAAUAAAUAUUAAAGGUCAG